ACACUUGGCUUGCACCUGGUGAGUUGCCUGAUCUGGGAGAAAAAAAGUUGUGUUUUAGAAUGAGAUUUGUACCUGUAAAAGAGAAAUGUCGAGAUAUAUUGAGUCAGUACAGUGCUUGUUUGCAGUAUCUGUUUUAUCAAGUAAAAUACGACUAUGUGCACGGUGACCUCAAGUACCUAAAGGGUCAGGAAAAAGACAAGGACUCGCGCGGUGUUGGGGCCUUUGUCAUCUUGAUAAUGAUGCGGAUUUCUGCACAAAAUACAGGGACAGAAGAAAAUGUGGAAAACUUCUUUAGAAGCAUCAGCUUGAAAGACUUUUUUCCGCCUGCUCUAACUAGAAAUUUUAUUGACAAAAGAUUUCUAGAAGGUAGCAUUCGAAAUAAAUUAAAAGACUAUCAGGAUAAAAACCCAAGUGACAGUUACCCUGCAGACAUCUUGAUGCGAUCAUUCUUAGAACACAUACUGCAGAGCGACAAGGACUUUUAUGAAGAAUCCUAUUCCGCAUAUCAACUGGAUUUAGAAAACAUUCAAGUGCAGGAAAGUGACACUUCUGGGCACACACAAUAUACGAAUGAACUGAGGAUGAAAAGUUCUUCAGCAGUAUCGCUGUCGAUAAAUUUGAAUGGGGACUCCUCAAAGCUGAAAAUCAUUUCUGGGAAACCUUCCUGUGAGAUUUUUCUGCAGAAAAUUUAUGAGGUUAAAUUGCAGCAGUUAACAUUUGAAGGAAUGGACUGGUUUGAAGUGCAAAUUAUAGCACAGGCCCAAUACGAGAAAGUGUACUUCAAAGACCGAUUGGAGAGCCACUCAUUUGUAACAUGCCUUGAGAAAUAUUGCUUGCUCAUGUUCAACUACUACACAAGCCUGUGCCCCGACCUGCAGUCACCACGCAUACACAAACAAUAUCAGGUCCGUGCACAUGGACCUGUUAGUGAGGCCACAAUAAGGAAGAAGUUGAGUCAGCGAGGUCUCCAGUGUCGCGAUUGGUACGUUUUGCGCUCAAAUCUUCAGAAGUUCGGACAGUAUGAUGUUCUCUAUCUCAGGACACCCAAGGACAAAUCUCUCAUAGUCAGAAGCUUUGGAAAGGUAAUGGAGCGGGAAGAUGGUUUAGUUCUAGAAGGAUCCCAGGCUGAUCCUGUGUCUCCCAAACUGUUCUUUAGGCAACAGGCAAAGGCUCUGGGAUUCCUGCCCAGCAAUGUAAUACCGGUCCAGCCACAGUCAGAAGGAUGUGACAUUGUACAGAACCUCUUGACGAAGCAUGCAAUUACCUUGCAAAAUGCCAUUGACCUUGAGACUGAAGAGGAGGAAAAAAGACGUAUUGCCAGUCAGCCCAAGGUCUACAUGGCUGGUCAGGUCAACAUUGCUGCUAAGAUAGGGGAGGGCCACUUCACUGAGGUUUACAAGGGUCGGCUAUGUGAGCAACAGCAUGUUGUGAUAAAGCAGCUGAGGUUGGACCCAGCCCUGCAGCGUCACCACCAACAACUGCAUGAGUCCCUGAUGUCUGGCUUUGAGGUACUGCUGAAGUUAAACGGGUCAAAUUUAUUUGUCAAUUUCCUGGGACUAACCCUUGGGCCUAGCACAGGCUUGCUGAUGAGUGGAACUGGCCUGUGUAGCAUGAAGGCUUUCCUGCGCAUGGACAGGACUGGGCUUCCCCAACUGACAUUUGUGCACCUGAUUGAUGUCUCUAUAUGCCUGGCAGAGGCCUUGCAAUACAUGGAACAGAAAAAUUGUUUCCAUGGAAACCUAACAUGUGAAAACCUUGUAGUGGAGAAGUUUGACAAUCGUGUGUUAGAGAUCAAGGUCACAGACCCAGGCCUCGUCUGCUUCUACCAGCAGCUUCCCUUAGAUCAUGAAGUCAACAUUAAAAGACUUCCGUGGUUGGACCCCAAUAUGUAUAAGCCUGGUGGCCUUAAAGAAGUGACGGCAAAGACCGAGGUGUGGGCUCUGGGCUCCACCCUCUGGCAGAUGUUUGAGGGCGGGGCCAGUCCGUGGGAGGCCAUUAACUCGAAGGGAGGGCGAAGGUCAAUUGAAGCGGUGCAGCAAUUUUUUCUGGUAAAUAAAAAAGUACCUCGCUGUCCGAAGUUGCUGAAACUGCAGGCAGAUGACUCUGAACCAGUUCAAAAGUACAAACAAGAGUUUUACAUGAAGUUGCAAUACUGCUGGACAUUAGAUAGUGAGGAGAGGCCAUGCCCAGAGGCACUGCUCAGGACAUUCAUAUCCUGCUUUCAGGAACAUUCGAGAGAGUACCAUGAGUAUAGCCAACCAAUAUACUCUGCCGGCAGCAGUGGGCUAUCCAGUAUGGACAGUGCGACUACUGAGUUCCUCAAUAGUGGAUAUACGGGCACCUCAAAACCAAUACCCAAUCUUUCUUGUCUCAACUCUUCAGAUAUAUUCUCAGAUCAAGGUGUGCUACCUUUGGAAGUAGAUCUGUCAAAACAUGCAACUGAUCACCCCACUCCACCAAUCCCUCGAGCCCAGGGGGUCGCCGUCAAAACCCCAUACCCACCUCAUGGGGAACCUUCGGCGGAGGUACACAGAGCUGGCGUAAACCUGCCUUCAUUUGUCAUUCUAAAAAGAAGGCUUACCAUUGACAAAAGCAAACAGCUGGGAAGUGGUUAUUAUGGUGCAGUUUACAAGGCCACUCUAGAUAGGGAUGAUAAUACACCAUUAUCUGUUGUAGUAAAAGUUUUGAAAGAAGACAAAAUUGAGGAGCGAUUCAAGUUGGAUUUCAAAAAGGAAGCUGAAGUUAUGGAGAAACUUGAGCAUGAAAACAUUGUCAAGUUCUAUGGCACCUGCGAUAGCAUUCAUGGGUUCUGCCUUGUGAUGGACUGCCUGGAUCAGUCGCUAUACAAGUUUCUGAAAUCUCGCGAAAGGUCACAAAACUUAAAAAAAGAGGAAAUUUACAAGCUUGCCCUUGAUGUUGCCAAGGGUAUGGAAUACCUAGAACAGAAGAAAAUAUUACACUGUGACCUUGCAGCCCGGAAUAUUCUCCUAACCACUAACCAACAGGCCAAGGUCUGUGACUUUGGCCUGUCCAAGAUACUAAUGGAAGAUAAGGAUUACUACAGGAGGCAAAACAUGGAGAGGACAAUACCUAUAUACUGGUCUGCUCCCGAGUGGACCCAUUCCAAACGUGUUUCCUCAAAGUCUGAUGUCUGGAGUUAUGGAGUUGUACUCUGGGAAAUGUUCAGUUAUGGCAAUGAUCCAAAGAUGAACAGUAUCAACCCCAAUGACUUUGUCGCCAAGCUGAUAAAAGGGGAUCGACUCCAGCGUCCGAGAAAUUGCCCAGACCAUUUCUACCAGUUCAUGCUUCAGUGUUGGGACAAAGACCCAGAGAGGAGACCAACUUUUACCAUGUGCAGAGAUAGGCUUGAUGAACAGCUUUCUUCAAAUGUCCAGGUGGACGACAAAAAUUGCCUUGGAAAGGGUGAUUUUGGAGCUGUUUACAAGCACCAGUGGUGUGGUCAAGAAGUUGCAGUGAAGAUUUGCACAUCUCCUCCUGAUUAUGCGAGGUUUAAAAGAGAAUUCACUCUUCUCGAGAAGUUAAAGAAUAGAAGCACAGACAAGAAUGGGCAUCCGAACAUUGUCAUGUUUAUUGGACUCAAGGAGCUAGAUGACCCACAUGUUAAGUUUGCCUACAUGAUGGAGCUUAUGAAAAAUGGCUGCCUUUCUGAUUACCUGAAAGAGCCAAAAAUGUUGUAUGAUAGCAAAAUGAAGUGCCUUAUAGACAUUGCUCAGGGAAUGGAAUUUCUUUAUGACAACAUCAUUAUUCACUGUGACUUGACGGCAAGGAAUGUGUUAUUGACAUCUGACCUCACAGCAAAGGUGGCGGACUUUGGUUGGGCGAAGGAACUGGAGAAUGAUUGUGAAAACAGUACAUACAGGAGGACUGAUUCUCAGUUUAAACUACAUGUAUUAUGGGCUCCUCCAGAGGUUCGUAGCGGGACAUACUGUCGGCAGUCAGACAUCUGGAGUUUCGGCGUUGUGUGCUUAGAGGUCUUCUUGGAUGGAGGAACCCCAAGGUUAACCAAACCAUCCCAACCCUCCCCAGGCUCCGAUCCACAGGAGGAGCAUUGGGCACGCCUCGCUCAGAACGAGAGAUUCCCGAAACCUUUGACCUGCCCCGAUGAGGUUUACGAGAUCAUGAAGCUGUGCUGGCAGAGUGAUCCACAAAAGAGAAUAUCAUUCAGAGAAAUUGUUAAGAAAUUGACUAGGAUCAGGGCUUCUCAAUAGGUCACCACCAGAGAAACUGAUGUGACCCUAUUUUGGAGAUAUCCCUGAAAUGAACAGGGUUUUGCCUGGGACCAAUAACAAACUCCAGGUUUAGCUUAUCUCAGCUCAAACAUCCAUAAUGCUCUUUCUAUGGAGAUAUACCUGUGAAAUUAAUAGUUGUUAUCAUUCAGUUCUAUGUGUGUGAUUUCAUUGUAUAACAUCAUAUUAAGAAAACGUGGAAAUUGGUCUAGUAUCUUGCCAUACUCAAUUUUAUCUGAACAAACUUUCAAGCAGGCUAUGAUAGAUAUUUGUUAAUAUUUUUGGAGGUUUUCUUUAAUUGAAUAUAACAUAUUGUUAUGAAUUCGUAUUUUCAUAUUUCUUGAUUAAAGCUGUGUUUUUGUUGUAAAUGUGAAUACCUGAACAAGACUCAUGUUUCCAGACAACACCACAUAUUUUCAUUGUGAUGAAAGACUGUUAAGUGCUACAAUACUAAUCAUUGGAAAGCCCUGUGAUAUUGUCUAAGAUAUGUGAUGCUAUUUAAUUGUUUGUUAAAGGGACAUAUUUCUUUACAGAUACUUAGAAAUGCCAAGUUGACAGUUAACCCUUUGCAUGCUGGGUAAAUUGUCGUCUGCUCUAAAAUGUCGUCUGGUUUAUUCUAAAUUUCUUUCAAUUUACUUAAAACUUUGGGGAUAUAUUGACUGAGUGGCAAACAGCUUGGAAAAUCGCCAUCAGCAGCCUAAGGGUUAAUAAGCCAGUAGCUAACGUUUGUUAUCUAGGCAAUAUUGCUAUUCCUUAUGGUGUUAGACAGAGUUCUAUUUUUUGUAUUACAUGUAUAUCAGUUAUUUGUUUGUUUUGUGAUUGAAUACAGGACAUUGUUUACAUGUAUUUUGCACAGCAGUUCGAUGGGAAUGAACUCCUGAUUUGGUGUUAAAUGACCUGUAAUUUUUUAAUAACAUUUGACCUAAAUAAAAAAAAUCAUAGUAGAUUUAUCAAAAUGGUCGUUUCUACCCACGCUCUAGCAUAACAUAACUUUGAAUUACUGCAGUUUAAGGUAUUUCGAGAUCACUUAUAUUGUUAAAAUUCAGUCAUUAUUAGAUAUUUUCUGCUAGAUUGUUGGUAGGAAUGAACACUGAAAGAUAUGGAAAAAAUUUUUUUUAGGUUAAAUGUCACUAAAAAUAUGACACCAAAGCAGGAAUUUCAUUCCCUUUAAACUACUGUGGUAUUUUGUUAUUGUUUGUGUUUACGUAUGAAGUGCUUUUAAUGCAAUGACUCCGAAAGAUUUUGUCCUGAUGAGGAAAUUCAACAUCUCAGCCUCAGAAAACCUAUUUGAUUUUGUCAAAAUUUGGCGAUACAAAACAUGAAAAUAUAUAAAUGAGCCCAGUGAUAAUUUUUUAACCUGAUAAUGAUACCGAAAGAUUACAGAACAAUGUUUUCCUAAAAAACAGAUGUAUUAGUUGUGGGAUUGGUUGGCAUGUUAUACGCAAUAUCUCAACUCUCAUGGGUUUUUAGUCACUUUCUUAGCUAAUUACUGAAAUUCUACUAAAGUGCCAUGUCAGUAUCUUCUUUAUAAAGACUUGCACUUCGAUAAGCUUUGUGAGGAAAAUAGCUGUUCAUUGAGGACAUGAACAUAUAGUCAAUAUAUUGGCAUUACUAGCUCUAACAAUUACUAAUAUACGUGCAUGUAGGGGUUGGCGUUUUAUACAUGCACGUACAUGUAAGCAUAGGCGCUAUAUACAUGUCAAGUUGUACAUGUAGGCAUUGGUGUUAUACGCAAAUACUAGCAGUUUGUUUCAGACUUGAAGUUAUUAUUAGUUUAAACUUUCGUUGCAUUUGCUUGUUGUAUAAUGUUUUGUUAUAGUGUGAUAAAAUCAACAAUUGUUAUUGAAUAAAAGAUGGUGUGUGAUUAUAAA